CAAAUGUUCUUCUCGUUGUAAAUCUGUUUGUCAUUCAUAUUUAUCGCUUGCUCCUCGUGUGUAACGUUUCUUGUUUAACCUAUGCUGAACGCAGCUCGGGUGCUUCCGCCGAGUUUCCCGUGUAGACAGACAACCUUGGGUUUGGACGAGCAUGUAUGAAGUUCGUAGCGCGAUAUCUAUGUAUUUUCAUGGAGUAAAUCACACUAAACUCCAUUCUUCACUAAUGUAACACAGCUUCAACUCUUAGCUGGUACCACGUGUAUAGGCAGUGAAUCAUCCAGAUCAGUGCUGAAAUGUCCAUGCCGCAGAUCACACGUCUCCCUCUGCUGAGGCAGUUCAGGUCCAUCCACCACCAGUACCUGCUCCUCCCCCCUACCGCUCCUCUCACUGUGCCCAAAAGAGCUUUGAUCCAGAGUGGAUAUCGACGGCCCGGCCAGCCCAGCGAGAACAAGCCUCCAUGGCAGAAGAUUAACUUUGACUUCAAAAAGGGUUUGGAUGGUAUAAAGAAGCACUUCACACUGCUGAAAAAUGAGUUUUUUAACCGCUGGGUGGGCCCAGAAGGCAAACCAAUCCUUGAACACAUGCUGGAGCAGAACAGGGUGGUAUGGGAGUUCAGAGGUCCUGAGAGCUUGGAGGACUGGACGGUGUCCUCAGAUAAAGAGAUAGGAGGCCAAAGCAAAGUUUACCUGAAGCUUGGAAGGAACAAUACCUGCUUUCUGUAUGGGACUCUGAAUUCAACUCCUCCAAGAGAUGGAGAAACACGUUACAGUGGAUACUGCACAAUGCGCUCAAAGCAACCACUGGUUGCAUUCAAUAGAAAAAAGCACCAUGAUUGGACCAGUUUUAACACCCUACAUUUACGGGUUCGUGGAGAUGGCCGCCCAUGGAUGAUCAACAUAAGCACAGAAACAUACUUCUCCCAUCAGAAAGAUGACAUCUACAAUUACUUCCUCUACACCAGGGGAGGGCCCUACUGGCAAGAUGUAAAGAUACCUUUUUCCAAGUUCUUUCUCACACAUCGAGGGAGAAUACAAGAUGAUCAACAUCCUCUUUGGCUCGACAAGGUCAACACCAUUGGUUUUACUCUGGGGGAUAAAACAGAUGGUCCAUUCCAGCUAGAGAUCGAUUUCAUUGGUGUCUGCAAAGAUUAUGCUCACACUGAGGAGUUUGCCUAUGAAGCAUAUAAGAGGAAUCCGGAAGUUUGAGAUGUAUCAUAGCGCUUUGGUUGAACACCCAAACACCUCAACCUGUUCAAACAACUUUCAUUUGGAUUGUCGUCCAUCUACUGAAACAUCAACUUGUAUUUAUUUGUAAAACUUAAAGCUUUUUGUGUUUUAAACUAAGCAAAUAGGGUAACGUCAAAACUGCUGUAGGUGAUCUUUCAGUCUCAUCAAGAUUCACUUCUUUAAGUAACUUCUGUCAAUAACUUCAUUAAUAAAAUAUUUUUCACAUUUAAAACAUUGUGAUUUUAU